CCGAAACGUUACGAGUUCGAUUCAUCAAUAGCCAGCACAGUAGGAAUCCAGAAUAUUUGUACAGCAGCCAGUCACAGUUUCUUUGAAAAAUUAUAAAUUUUGAAGUAGCCUUUACAGCGGAUGCGAAAAAUAACUUAAUUUUCGUACCCGGCUCGAUCGGCUUAAAAGCAGACUUGGGUGUUUUGUUUAAGGAAUCGAGGAAAAAGUUUGAACCUAGAAAUUACUUCCAGCGAUUUUAUUACUUAGGAAAAUAUUUACAAAACAACUAACGGGUAGGCCUCUCUAAGCAGCUGUGAUUUUAAACUAUUACCACAUCAAAAAUAGUGAUAGGGAAUUUUUGCAUUAAUGUUGUGACUACUUACCUGUUUUGUCGUUAUUUUACUCUUACACUUAAAAGAACAUAUUUCUCAGCACAGCUGAUCCAAAUCGGCAGCGCCGUGCGCAACACAGAAUGCACAUGUAACUGAUGGCCUGACAACGAGGCGUUAAACACCUGUGACUUAUUCUAUUGGUUGAUGACAAAUAAAUUAACUUAAUAAUUGAAAAAUGAUUUAAACAAUUUAAAAUAGAUGUGUCAUAAUUUUAUUGUUUAAUGUUACUAGAAUAAGCAUUGAACUUUGAUUUCCGCAGACUUAGGAGUAUUUUCUGAGAAACAAGUAAAAACUUAUUUUAUGAUCUAAGAGACUUCUUUUAUUGUGGUAUAAAGAAUGUUCUGUAUGUUCUGCUACUCUCCAACACGACUCUCGUACAAAACAUUUUUAGGAAAAAAAAUAGCUUCAGCUAUUUUUCAAAUAAACUCUAUUCUUACGCCUUAAUGGUUAAUAAACAAAUAUAUUUCGAACUUUGAAAUGGAACAUUGGAUAAUAAUUUAGCCCUACCAUUACCCUCAAACCUACUGUGAUAGCAGCUGACAGUUUCUAUGAAAAUCAUCUAAUUCGGUUGGCAUAAGGGCCCUUCGAGUUGCUGCGAAACGCUACGAACCACGCCCACAUCAUCGUGGGUAGUUACGCUCAGACUUACGAGAGGUCUUUGUACUUUGACGCGAGUCUACCCUACGCCUUCGAGUCCAUGGUGUGGUGCGCACCGCACGACCCGAUACCCACCCUCCAAUGGCUCGCCUUGCUCGCGGUGAUACAACCAGACGUCUGGAUUUUAUUGGUCGUUUCCAUCUUGCUCUCCACGUGCGUCAUUUACGCGAUAGCCAAGCGAUCACCGAUCGAACGGAAUUCGUACAAAGACCCGGGGCUGAUAUUCCAAAACAUUUUGAUAAUGUCGGUCAAUUUUUCUGUGAACCUGUUACCGAAGACGGUCAGGGUGAGGUUGGUUAUCGCGAUGAUAUUAUUCCUAGCGUUCAGUUACAACAGCGCGUACCAAACCGAUCUGGUGAGUAUCUUGGCGCAGGAUAACAAAUUCGAGGAGAAAUACGUGUCCGUCAACGACAUCUAUAGGUACAACUUGACGACGUAUUUUACGGCAAACACUGAGCGCUUCUUCCAAGACGACACCCUUGCGAGCCGUACGAUUUUGUCGAAAUACGUAAGUUGCGAGGUGAAAAAUUACGAGCUCUGUGUGAAACAGGUGAUGGUGGAGAAGAAGGCGGCGGUUUGUUUCCCGAAAACCUUUCUGGAGUACAUGAUCAAAAUCUAUACGACGAACGCCAACCCCAAAGUUUUGCAGUGUUUCAUGUCGGAGCCCGUGGUGACCUUUCCUUUAAACUUUGUAAUGUUCAAGGGCAUUUGGAUUUACGAAAGGGUUAAUCUUCUCUUGAAUAGGAUCCUAGCGUCAGGACUGAUAGAGAAGUGGGGACGCAUCCCGAAAUAUCUGCAUAGGAAAGAUCACAGCCUGGACGAUUUCGGUUUGGAUGAUCCGGACGCAGACGGUACGAAAACUCUAAGUUUUCACAAUCUGAAAUUUGUUUUCGUGUUUAUGGUGUUUGGGCAUAUUGUUGCCUCGUUUGUGUUCGUAGUCGAAAUUACGUACGAUAGGUACAAGAAUAAAAAAUAAUUUGCAAAUAUUUUUAUCGAGAAAACUUCGGUCGUGUACCUAUUGUUGCUAAAGGGUAAUUGUUUAGAAUUGUUUUAUGGCUAUAGCUAGAAUUUGCAAGAAAAACAUUACAUGAUCCAAUGACGAUUAUUUCCUGGAAUCAAAUUUGAAAGUACGAUUGAAGUUUUGGAUCGAAUAAGAAUAAUCACAAGUCACUACGGGUGAUUAGAUCAUUAAUUAAUUAAAAUCAUUGCCACAAAACGCUGAAUAUAAUUUAAAUAUCAAAUGUAUGUGUGUGUCCAGCAUUAAUUUGAGUCCGAUGGUUUGAUGUCAAUAGCGAACUGUUAACGAGACCAAGACGGAAUGUCAGUGUAUAUCCUGAAAGGUUGUGUGACAUAUAGAUAAAAGGUAUCCUCUGAAGACAAAAACUCGCAUUGGUUAUUUAGAAAAAUAGAAAUAACCUGUGGGAAAUAAGAAAGAUUUUAUAAUUAUUCUGAUGGAUAUUCUGGAUUCUGAGAUUGGUUCCAACGUUGCUCCAACAGGAAACUGCAACAAUCUAGUCUUUUAUAAAUUCAUGAUGGCAUUUAGUGUAAUAAAUUCAAUACAUUGUGCAUGACCCAAAAUCUUCAACCAGGUACCGAGUCACGCCGAGAUAUCCCUUUAAUUGUAACUGCCAUUUAUUUUUAAUUUUCCUCCCAGAUUAUAGGGUUAAUCAGGAAGCCUAAAAUAUGGAAAAACAUUUUGUUGCAUAUGACCACCCCAAGGCGAUCCACUACUAAAGGAGCGCUAUUGAAAGAAGAGUUUGAAAAUAAUAACAUUUUGGUCUUAUUUACAGG